UCGCCAGACCAAGUUCCCUUUGAUUUCAACCAACCCAACAAUGGCCACGAACACGACCUCUUGUCCAACCGCUUUCCGUGUCGCGCAGGCAGUAGGUUUGAGCGGUGCAGCUUGGCUUUCUGGCAACAUCGCCGCCUACAGUGUAAAUGUCGCACCCUCCCUCCUCACCUCCGCCCAAGAAAGCAACCUCUCCGCCAGCACCCUCGCAAAGCUAUGGCGAAACGUCUAUCAUCUCGGCGCAACACAGAACCCGCCCAUCGCCCUCUGCACCGCAGCCGCAUUCUUCUACCUAGCCUGGUCCGAUCGUUCCGGGACUAUAUCCCUCCGUGAGGCAGGUCAGAACACAUCCACGCUGUAUUGCGCUGCCGGGGCGCUAACCUUGUCUAUCGUCCCGUUCACCAUCCUUGCAAUGACGAAGACCAAUAAGGAGCUGUUGGAGAAGGCCAGUUUGGUGGAGACGGAGCCUAUAGCCAAGGUUGGGGCGAGGGCGGAGACGGAGCGUUUUUUGCGUCAGUGGAUUGGGCUUAACGGGAUGCGAAGCUUGUUCCCGUUAGCUGCCUGCUUGGUGGGUAUGUAUGCGGCUUUGAGGUGAACGGUGCUGGCAUUUUUCUUAGAGCACGAAAGGGGAAGAAGCUGGGGGCGUAUAUCGAAGAAAUUAGUCUGUAGUCUAGAUUGUAUAUUAAAAUGGGGGUCGUGGAGAUGGCUGUCUUGAUGUGAUUUUAACUGU